AUGCAGACGGCGCGCGACAGCUCCAUUCUCUCAGAGGCCGCUGAAGGCUCUGAAGCGCCCGUCUCUUCGCCGAACUCUCUUGCCCACGCGCUUACCCUCCGACGAUCCGAAUACAUGGGCCAGCGCAAGCUGCGCGUCAAGAUUGGUUCCUGGAAUACGGCGGGCUGCCCCGGAACCGACAAGGAUGUCGGCAGUUGGUUUUUUCGCGACCAAGGCCUCACAAAUGAAUUUGCCAAACUGGGUGUAGACGCCACCAAUGAUACUCCAAAAGCCGACGAUGCGAUCGACCUCUACGUUCUCGGCCUUCAAGAGGUUGUCGAUCUGAACACCACAAAGGAAUACGUGAAUCGUGUGUACGCCGGGGAGAAUGCUCAAAUCACAAAAUGGCGGUCAGCUGUGGAAGCUGCCAUACCCGCGGGCUUCCAGUUCGUUUCGGCCGAGCAAAUGGUUGGGCUGUUGACGCUUGUCUAUGCUUCGAGCGACCUUGCCAAGCACAUCACCAAUGUCAGCACACAGCAAAUUGGUACUGGCCUCCUCGGCUACUUUGGGAAUAAAGGGGCCGUGGCGACUCGCAUCGUUAUUGGCGAAACCACACGCAUGGUCUUUGUCAACUCGCAUCUGGCUAGUGGCACAAGCUCGAGCUACCUUGACCGUCGCUGCUGGGACGUGGCGCAAAUUGCCUCCAAGAUGCAAUUUGAUCCGGUAGUGAAUAACGGCGUUGUCGAGGAUACUAGCGAUCGAUUCGGUGACGAAGACUUUGCCUUUUGGUUCGGUGAUUUGAACUUUCGUCUUGGCACCCUCCCUGGCGAUGACAUCCGAAGGAUAUUAACGCUACAUAUGCGUGGCGAAUACGACGUGAGCAGCCAAAAGCCACCACAGCCUCUUGAUGGUGAGCCUGUUAUUGUCAUGAGGGAUUCAGAAAGUGACGAGGAGACGAUGACAGCUUCCUCAUUCAGCCACAGCAGGGAGCAGAGCUUUGAUUCAGCAACGUCUUUACCCGACCCAGACGAUUUUCCCCAAGAUCCCAGUCAGGAUCCGGCAUCGCUGCAGGCGACUCUGGAUUCUUUGCUGCCCCAUGAUCAACUGCGCGAGGUCAUUGCACGUCGCAAAGCCUUUCACGAUGGCUGGAGAGAGGGCCCAGUUACUUUCUUGCCUACGUACAAAUACGACGUCGGCAGUGUGGCGCUGUUUGAUUCGAGUGAAAAGCGACGGGCUCCCAGUUGGUGUGAUCGCAUACUUUACCGGACCCGAGACUACAAGCAAGCGUUCGAAAAGAAGGCCAUGGAUGAAGAGACUGCCAAGAAAAGGGACGAUGAGAUGAAGUCUCGCGGGAUCGAGGCGGAUGAAGACGUGCUAUUUAGCUACAAUCCAGAAGAGGACGGCGAAGAACAGGAGCCGGAAGCAUCUACCGACACGGGCUACGAAUAUGACGAAUAUGACGAGAACGAUGAUCAUGACCAGACCGAAAGCAUGGCCACCGAUCGAGUGAAGCUAGAGUUAUAUACUUCAUAUCAAAGAGUCACAUCUUCUGACCACAAACCGCUGUCAUCCAUAUUUACGCUCACCUGCGACUGCGUGGUUCCAGAAAAGAAGGCCAAGGUCCACGCGGAGGUUGCGCGCCAACUCGACCGCGCUGAAAAUGAAGGACGCCCUGUGAUUACUCUGGUACUUGAGGCGGAUUCCACGCAAGAUGCCAAUAUCGUGAACAUGGGUGAUUUCGGAUUUCUCUCGAAACAGAGUAACACCAUCACUAUUGCCAACACGGGCGGAGUACCAGCAAGCUUUUCGUUUAUGGACAGACCGGCUAUGGAAGACUCUGACAGCGGCAUAGGGUCGCACGACUGGCUGUCGACCACAUUCGUCAAGUCUGAUGACAGCAGUGACGCCGUUGGGCCGAAUGUCACACUCGAACCAGGAGAGACUGUGACAGCGAUCCUCGACGGUCAGAUCUCGUCGAUCCCAUUUCUUCGGGCCCUCAACGACGGACGCGCGACGCUUGAAGAAGUGCUUGUUCUUCGUGUUGAUAACGGCAGAGACCACUUCAUCACAGUGCGUGGCCAGUGGCUGCCGGGCUGCUUUGGACGCUCGAUUGACGAACUCAUCCGUGUACCGGAGGGCGGCAUCCGCAAGUUUCUACAAGACAAGAAAAUUCACGGAGCGAUACCCUAUGAUUCCGACGUCCACUGCUCGGCACCGCGCGAGCUUUUUAAGCUGACAGAGGCCAUACAGACGCUGGCCGAGCGCUGCGUCGCCGACGCCAACAUGCUGGAGGAUAUGUCGCUGCCAGGCGACGCAGGCUGGCCCUUUGAGGCCGGGACCUGCGCCCUGGGAGCCGAUGAGAAGCAAGCCGUGCAGUCUCGCAUAGUCGGCGCGCUGGACACGGACGGAUCUCUUGCCGAGGCGCUGCCCAUUGAGCUUCCGUCGUCACACAAGCUUGAGCUUCUGUCGUCUGUGCUGCUCCUCUUUGUGGCGUCUCUCACCGACGGCCUUGUUACGGCGCAAAUGUGCGCGCGCCUCGCCACCAACAUUCCGUCCCUCGCGGCACUCCCGCCGAGCGCAUGGCCCGACACCAAGAUGAAGAUUCUUGAUGUGCUGUCCGCGGCGCCUAACCACAAUAUCGCCUUUGUCUUCUUGACGGCGACGCUCGCGCGCGUGGCCCGCGAGCUUAUCCCCGCCACGACGGAGCCCCCCGCCGAGGGCCUCUCGCGGCGGCUGAGCUUUCGCAGGGGCGGCGAGACGGCGGACGGCGCGGCGGUCAAGAAGAGACGGGCGCGCGAGCGGCGCUACGCGGAGCUGCUCGCCCCGCUGGUGUUUCGCAGCGAUGGCGGCGCAGAGGGCAAGGACAGGGCGGCGAGGGAGAGGGAGCGCGCAAUGCUGGAGCUAUUUCUGAGCUUGGAGAUGCAGGACUAG